UUCGCCCCGCCUUUUCCUCCAGGAAUCAGACACACCCACCGAUCCACCUCCAAGGACAGAGUUGAGAUGGCUGCUGUUGGUGCGAUUUUCAGGUCUGGGUUGCGGGGAGCGAUGGCUUUACCUCAGCAGCAACGGGCCUGGAGCUCGGGCCCCGACCAGCUGGGUGAGCUCGGCAAAGGCGCUGGAAAAGGCGGGGGUGGAGGUGGAUCCAUCCGUGAAGCUGGUGGCGCAUUUGGAAAACGGGAAGCGGCUGAGGAGGAACGCUACUUCAAGGAGAGAGAGAGAGAGCAGUUGAAAAAUCUAAGAAAACAUCAUGAAGAGGAAAUAAGUCACCAUAAGAAAGAAAUAGAGCGUCUGCAGAAAGAAAUUGAACGUCAUAAGUACAAGAUCAAGAAUCUUGAAGAUGAUGAUUAAGUUGCUGCUAUUAUUGACAUGGUAUCUGGUAUCUUGUUUUGAAAAUGGUCCCUGUGAAUACCCAGGAUUUGAUUCUUACCAUAGUGUGAAAUAAACAAUUCACUCGUAUCUUCA